AUGUCUCUAUCACUCGAGCAUAUUGAUGCUUUUCUCCCGAUAAGAGCGUUGAAGACGAUUGUACUGGGUGCUAGACGAUUCAUUUUCCAAAGUCAAGGCACAUUCUUCCGGGUUGUUGAUGAAUCCACUGGUGUCGUCAACACUCAAAUCCAGAUAUUCAAAAGAAACAAUAUUCAUGGUUUUAUUACUUUGAAUCAACGACUACAGGAUCAUGAUUCGAGCCAUGUCCAAAUAGUUGUCUGGGGAGGGCGCUCAGUGCGAGCGGUCGACGUCUUUGUGGCAUCUGACAAUGAAGUCACGUUGUCAGCCUCUAGUGCCGAGUUCACUGCUCCAGAUUGGAUCAUGAGUGGGUGCGCAGCUGCUGUAGGUGGCCAUUACGGGGCGUUUUUCAUCACAGCGAACAAUGCACUCCUGAGUAUCGAACUGGUCGACAGUGAUAUACCCGGGAGAGAUACCAUAUCCAUAUAUCAGCUGGCGACAAGUGUGAAGUCUAUCCUUUACUCUGCUGAUGUGACUGCGCUAUCUUCCUCCCAUGUACUCAUUGCCGCUGGUACCGUCUUCGGAGAAAUCAUCGUAUGGUCGUGUUUCUUGAAUAAGGAUAGAUCACACAAAGCUAAUGCAAUUGGCUCCAUCCACCAUUUCUUCACCGGGCAUGAUGGAUCAAUCUUCGAUGUCCGCAUCUCUCCCAAGAUCCAGUCCUUGAACGGGGGCCGGUCUGGCAGGAUACUGGCCAGCUGCAGUGAUGAUAGAACUGUCAGAAUCUGGGAUAUAUCAGAUUGUGAGCACAAAACAGCCGAAGAUCAUUCUGCAUACUCCACAGACGGAUUUGAAUUGCGAAGCACAGGCUUUGGUCCUGUUGAGGCAGGCGAGGACAGCGUUGGAUCGGAAUCAUGUGUGGUCCAGGCAUUUGCCCACGUGUCUCGCAUUUGGGGUGUCCAUUUCAGAGCAGUCAAAAAUAAUAAUCAAACUCACAUGGGUUUGGUUUCUCGUGGAGAGGAUUGCACAUGCGUUUUGUGGGACCUAAGCUGGCAGUCAUCAUCCACUGGGACGACUGUCUAUCAGCUCAGGCAGACUUCUUCAAUACAAACACAUAUUGGAAAGCAUAUUUGGUCUCUGGAUCUUUGCAGAAUCGGCUCUAAGACUGUGGUUUACACUGGAGGUGCUGACGGCGCAUUGAAAAGUUUCCCCAUCCAAGAAAAUGACCAUGAACAACUGGGCAACGACUCUGGUGCUUCUUCCCAGAAAUCGCGUGGCUUGCAAGUAAAGGUGAAAAAGAAGAAUCCCACAGUUGAAGGGACGAAAGCCUUUGCAUUUGUCACCCAAGAUUGCCUUCUUCGCACCUCUCCACAAGGGCAGAUUCAGCUUGGGUAUGUCAACCAAGCAGAGGAUACUGCCAUUACUUGGGAAACACUAUGCGAAACACCUGAUCUUUCUUCUUUCGCCGUCAUGGCUGCUUUGCCCCAGAUGGGUUUGGCUUUGAUAGGUAAUUUCAGAGGACUCAUUCGACUCUACAAUCACGCUACGAAAUCUGUCAUCAACAUCACAGACGUUGGCAACAGACCACUUGGAUUAUUCUUCCUUCAGUCUCACUCUUCCAAGAUGCAUACCCUGAAUCCUUCUCAAAAGAUCACCUUCCUCGUCUAUUAUCCUACGGGAGAAGAAAUAACACUCGUCAACGUCUCCGACUGGAACAGCGAUCAUCCAACUGCCGAAAUAACCAACUUUAACCUGCCAUCCAUGUUUGUGGUUUGCAGUGCAUCUUUCAUCUUCGAUGGCAAAUAUUUGAUUAUAGGAGGGAAAACCGGCGCUCUUGCUAUAUACAACACCUCCGAGGCUGAGCCCGUAUCGGUCAACCGACGUGUUCAUAGCCGAGAGUUUGUCAACCAUAUUAGCGUCGUCACGUCUGUUGUUACGAAUGAUAGGAAAUCGGACUUCGUACUGACCUGUGGGCGAGACGGAACUUAUUGUCUCCAUGAAUUGCAGCUUUCCGGGAACGGAGCAGAUGCGGUAUCCAUACAAACAGUGCACCGUACAGCAUCUAUAACCGGUGGAAACAUUGAAGGCGCUUAUUUCGACAGAGCGACUGGCGAUUUUAUGUUGUACGGAUUCAGAUCCCAAGAUUUCGUCCUGCGCAAUGAGUCGAAGUUGACGGAUAUCGUAUCCAUUGCUUCAGGCGGCUUUCGCCGAUCCUGGGACUUCAUCCCAGGAGACAAAAAUACCAAUGCUUUGUUCGCGUGGAAAGAUGGAUAUUCUCUAAUGACUACUCGUGUGCGAGCUGCUGCUAGUACCUUGCUUCGAGCUGGAGGUCACGGACGGGAAAUCAAAGCAAUGGAUGUUUUCAACGCUACCGGUGGAGAUCGGCCUCUAUUUGCGACUGGAGCAGAGGACACUACUGUUCGUCUUUUCACACCGACUUCUUCAUUGGCUGCUAGUCCGUGGGGUAGUUUCGAGUGUCUGCGCGUCUUGGAUACACACAGGUCUGGGAUCCAGCAGGUGACCUGGUCCAAGGAUGGAAGAUACCUGUUCACCAGUGCUGCAUACGAAGAGUUUUUCGUGUGGAGUGUCCGCACCAUUCCCAUAUUUGGCGUUGCUACGAACUUGAUGGCUGCCAGUCCGAAGGAUGACGGCUUCCUCCUGUGCAUUGCUCUUUCCAACUCCGUUUUCAAGAUCUUCCACUUUUCACCAUCUAAUGGAGGCCAAUUCACUCUCCUGGCUCGUGGGAAAUACAUGACCAAUUGUUUGACCCAAGCCCACUUCUUGAUCUCGACAUCUUCAGUGUGUCUUAUCACCGCAGCGACUGAUGGCUACUUCACACUCUGGGAUCUAACAAGCACACUUGAACCGUUCUACACAAUCACACAAUCCACCUUGAAGACUAAGCACUCCUUCGACGGCUCUUCCAUCUCACCAGAAAACAUCACAUGCGAAAGUCGAUAUCAGAUUCAUUCCAACAGCAUCAAAGGGAUGGAACUGGUUCCUAUCUCUGACACAGCCACUGUUGUUGUGGCUGGAGGUGAUGAUAAUUCUCUCUCGGUCUCCCUCCUAAGAACACAUCCAUCCGACACCGGCUCAAAUGCACAGGUAGCUACGGUGUCUCAUCCCCGAUGCUCACGCUGCGUCAGUUACCACGGUCAAAGUACUCAAUCAGCAAAUCUCUCGUGGUAUUACAUCAAAUACAGAAUCGAUUAA